UCAAAGAAAUGUCAACCAAGCGCCAAACCCGCGACAGUUUGAUUAUUUCGGUGAUACUUUUUUCUUUAAAAGCGAUCGCGAAUUUAGGCUCAAAUUACGCACUAAUGGCGUAUUUCUAGGCCGUAUUUACGAGUCUACUAAAUCGCUUCCAGUUGUACUCGUGCCGUGGCUAUAGCUUUUACACGAAGGGCGCACAAAUGAUGGAACAUGAGACGCUAAAUUUACCGAGUCCGAAAGACGAUUUGGAAGAAGGAGAAUUGUCCGACAGUGAUAGCGAUGGGUACACGCCUCUUGCACGCCCGGACCUGGCUAAGAGCGAGUUUGCGUCUGUCUCCGUGAGUCUGCCGAGACAAAUGGACAUCGUCUCGGACGAGCACGAUGACGAUGAACUUCACCAGGAUAAAAGUGACACGGACGGUAGCUCGGAUGAAAGUGGUAGCAACAUAAGACUCGGAGCCGGCAGCUAUCCCAAACGAAUGCUCGGACAACCGUCACGGGCAGGACAUCAGCGAAUGCUGCAUCCGCAUCCGAAGGGUGUCGUUGCUGGCAAACCAAACCCAACGGCUCGUGCUAGUGCUGGCCCAACUACUGCUGGCCGACCGAACAAAUAUAACAUAUGGACGGAAAGUCUACAAGAGGACACAUUGAUGGAAACGAUGCGGGGUUGCGAUGUGACCGCGAACGGAAUGCGCAACCGUGACGUAGAAUCGUACGAUUAUAAGCUAAAGUCUCGGUUGCAGAGUGGCAACGCAUUCGAACGGUUAAAACGCCGCCAGUCCAACUCGGACGAUUCGGACGGAUAUGCCGGUGGUGGUAAGCGAAUGCGAACGUCUCACAGCUCUUACCCGGAGACGGAACAUAGGGAACGGCGGGGCAGCGUAAAGGAUCGGAUUGGCAAACGGAAUAACAGCACCGACAGUAACAGUGACGACUGUGCGAAUAAUGCUCCAAGAUUCGAUUGCAGGCACAUACCGGAUCUGAACGUGGAGGAGAACUGUUCCAAUGAAAUGUUCGGCAUAGAGCUGGCUGGAAAACUGAACGAAAAUCACACCGAUCUAAUGGUGCGAGUGGUCGAAGCGCUUGGUAAAGAGAUACCCAUAAAACUCUUCAAAGAAACACAGAAAAUUGAAGCAGAUGGAGGAAUGCUAGUUAUGAAGGGCUGGCGGCGACGUACACCGGGAGGAGUGUUCCUAUUUCUUCUGAAGCAUUGCGAGGAAGUGGACCAGGAGAUUAAAAAGACCAUCUUCCAGGAGGACAAAAAGGCAAAACAGAAAGAAUGGAAGCUAACGAAAAAUCUAAACCGCGAUAAAAAAGUGGAAGAACUAAAGAAAACGCUAAACCGCCAAGUGGCCAACGAUGCCGAACAACCGUCGAUACCGAUUAUGUCGCACCUGAAGGCGGAAACGCACAGCACUCUUUCAAACCCACCGCCAUCGCCGGUAGGAGAAGAAAAUUUCGAGGGUGGUUCCGACUACGAAGCACGCAACAUCCAUGUAAACGUAACCACCAGCCCAGACAAAGCGUUGCUGCAGACGAACGAUACGGACAAAGAUUCGGACGCCUGUCCAGAGGAUACGUGUCGACUUUUGCCGGACGGUUCGACACCCAUGCGCAGUUUGGCCAACUACCAAGAGGACUGUCUCGAUAUUACGUGCGAUGAUAUGGAUCUCUUUUAGCGGCAAACGUUAAGACAACCGUGGCCUAUAUAUACGUUUAGAGUAUCAACUGUGAAUGAACUUUACGAAACCGACGUGUGCUGACGAAUGAUGAUGCCCGCACGAUCACGCCGACAGCGCAGGAGAGAGAAGUGAACGAGACACAUUAAAUGGAACAAAAUGAAAUCGUUACGAACAGAACGAAAGUGCGAAAUACUUGUAAAUACUCGAGAUUGAAUUAUACUAACCUUAAGGCUUA